AUGCCACCCGAUCGUCACAACGACCGAAACAGUAGACUCCUUGGUGACGCUAUUGAAAAGACUGGAAGAAGAAAUAUGGCGCGUUGUUCCCGUUGUGAGAAGAAUGACCGUCCUUGUGUUGCACCUCGCGACAAAAACAUUCCCGAUGUGCUGAAUGUACUCGUCAAGGCAAGACUUGCGAUGUUCGACAAGUUAAUCGAAUGCCUUCAGUUUCGGAGUGGGAGUCGCUUGAGAGUAAGCGGCGAAAGUUACGGGCCGCUCGCGACGAGGCCCUCCGAGCCCAACAAGAUGCGAUUGCGAAAGUCCUGCGAAUCAGCAGAGAGGAAGAAUCUCUCGAUGCUAAGGAGCAAAGGAUGAUAGCAGCUGGUCUCAACUCUCUUGACGAGUUAGAUGCUGCGGAAGAGUUGGAAAAGAAAGAAAAGGAGGAAAAGGAGAAAGAGGAGGAGGGGGAGAGAGAGACGGCCAGGCUGGCCGCACUCACUACCCCUACCGACUCUGACCCGGUCCUCGAACUGGGUCUCGACCCGGCCUUCUUCGAGGCUUUUCCUUCUGACCACGAGAUGUGG